UGCUUGAUUUUUGUACCCACAAGAACAAAAAACAACAGCGCGAAAUCAAGCUCAAGAAUGACCAAGCCGACCUCUGAAGUUGAACCCGUUCGCAAGGAUCGCCACUCUGGCACUGGCCGCUCCAUUAACGAGCCACCCAAGAAGAACGGAAUGGGUCCUCACAACUGGGUGGGAUCGAUGGGCGACGAGACGGAUCCUGCAUAUGCCCCUGCCGUUCUGGACCAGAAGGAUCCCAACUGUCCCAACUAACGCAAUGGCACGCCGUUUUCCCGUGCACGGCAAACAACAAGCCAACGGGGCGUGUACAGGCAAUUUUCGGGUGCGAUGACGAGCAAGCUUGAUUAGAGCUUAGAUGUAUCCAAUUUGACAAUGAAUUUUAUCAUUCAUGAAAAUGACAAGCACACAAAGAUGA